AUGACGGGCUGCGCUGGGCACUUCUGGGGCUUCGUUGCGCCAGACGUGCAAGAUCCGCCACAGUGUAUUGCCUUGUGUAGGGAGAGAUUCCUCAAGGAGCUUGUGCCAGAGGAUGAGACAUUUGAGAAGGUGUGCGAGGCUCUUCAAGACAGGGAAUACAUGGAGAGAGAGCAGCCUUUCCGGGCUUUGUACUGCUGUGAUGCUCAGGCUUGUGGCGUGGAUAAUCUUGGUGAGCGUGGCAGAGAUCCAAAUGUCAACUGGCUUAUUAAUGCUUGUCAAGAUAUCGGAUAUCACUCUGUAAUAGACCCAGGCCCUCCUCAACCAUACCACAUUUGCGAUUCUGAGUCCAUCCACGGAAACAACAAAGACUGUCAAGAAGUCAACUCAGCAGACAGAACUGGAGAUGUGCUCUCUCAAAUUACUUCAACGACGACGUCGACCAUCACGGCCGAGGUAACAAUAACAAGAUCGACGAGAACAUCAGCCACAGCCAUAGUCACAGAAACAGAAACAUCAAUUUCUCUAUCUAUGCAAAGCUCUAUACAACCAACAGAUUACUCUACAAGCAGCGACCCUGCAACUCACGCCACUUCCGACCCGUCAAACAGCAACCAAAGCCACAGUAACAAAGGAUUAUCUACGGGCGUAAAAGUAACCAUCGCCAUAAUCUCCGUCGUCGGCCUCCUUUUCAUCCUCGCUCUAAUAUUCUGCGUCUUCCGAAGACGACGUUCCCGCAAUAACGACAUCCGAAGACUAAUGAAACAUCCAACAUCGCCUCCUCCAGCAGCAGAUACGCCAACUCCUCUCGUCUCUCCAACUCUUUCUGCUUCUCACGUUGAUGCUGAGAGUAUUCCGCUUACACCACCCGCGCGACUUCGUGAACGCAGAUACCUUCCCACCGACGGCUUUCCUACUUCUCCUCUCUUUUCACCUACGGGGAAGAAACUCUCGCCGAGACAUGAAAGAACACCUAGAAUCUACAGCGCGAAUCAAGUUCCUAUGAUAGUCAUGACAGCGCCAGAUGGUGGCAAGAUGAAUAAUGAUCGCUCACCAAGUCUCAGUGAUGGCAUCAUCACCCCUCCGGCUUCUGCUCUCAUGACACCCUUUGGGCCCAACGGAAACACUUCUCCUCCUCGACCGCCGCGUUCACGCGAUGCUUCUUUCCAAAUGCUUGCUAGUCCAGGACCACCACCAACAAGAGCUCUUCCGUCGACUCCCCCUAUCAGACCUUCUACUCCUACAAAUCCCUCUCGAAAGGCCACCACAUCGCGUGGAGAGACAUAA